GCCGAGGUCUAGAAGCCACUAAAAAAAAACUAGCACCAGGAUAUCAUUGAUGACUCAGAUUUGUCUUCCUAUAACUUAAAAGGGAGGCUGGAAAAAUCUUCUCAGGCUGCUUGACACGCUCGCACCCCCUCCCCAUACUGUGUACACCCCCUUCUGGUGCCGAGAAAAGAAGUGAAGGGAAGAAGAAACAGAGGGAAGGGACUGGAGACUGUGAAGCAGAAGCAAGUCGGGGGAGGGAGGGUGGUGGAAAGCAGCGAGAGGUUGAUUACACGUUUCGAAGACGUUUCCAAGGAGUGAUGGGGAAAACCAAAACCGAACCAGUUGUUGUAGAGUCAAUUCUGACUCAUGGAGACCCCAUGUGUACAGAGUCAAAUUGCAUUCCUUAAGGUGUUUAAGGCUGUGAUCUUUGGGAAGUAGAUUGCCAGGCCUUUCUUCCUAGGUGCCUCUGGGUGGGUUCAAACCCUCAACCUCUAGGUUAAUAAUAGAGCACUUAACUUUUCAUGCCAUCCAGGGGCCCCAAGAGCAAUGGAGGGGUGUUCUUCUGGGGAUAAGCCUCUUUUCCUUCCCCUCCCCAACAGUGAGCACUUGGGGUCCGGGUUAGGGCAGAGGAGGAAAUGGGAAGAGAGAUAGAGAGUCUCAGAGACCAUUGUUCUUGGGCAACGGGAGGCCAGAAGCUGAAGGGAGACAUCGGAUCUACAGUUCCAAGCUGGGGCCCGAAGGAGCAGAAGAGUUGGAUUGAAGGUGAAGGGCCGUGGGCCCCCCCUCCCCCAUCUCACUGCCUCCAGGAAUAUUCCAUGACAGUUAGGGGCUCUGUCCUGUGAGUGGGUUGGGGGCCUUUCCCAGGAUCGGGUGCUCAGGUGCCUAAUAAGGUGCCAGACUCCAGGCCCUGUGAUGGCAACUGCUCUGCCUGAUGAAAAUAUUUAAAAGACGCAGGACAACUGAGCCUGGCAAGGGAACAGGGAGAUGUGGUGGACGAUAGAGGAGAGAAGGCAUUCUUCAGAAGGGAACAGGGGCCUUUGGGAUGAGUUCCAGGGGUCAGGAGGAGAAAGGGGUGAGCAGCAGAGGCCUGGCAAGGAAGGGGAGGGCUGGGAAGCCGAAUGGGGUGGCAGCAAGCCUGGGAUAAAAGAGGAGGUUGCAGCCUCCACGUCUAAUGGUAGCAAGCAGCUGGCUGCGGCUCACAGCCAGGGCAUCAUGCUGCCCAUACGAUGGACGUCUAGCUCCAGCUGGAUAUCACAGGUGCUGGCCUCGGAGCUCAGCCUGAUCGCCUUCAUCCUGCUGCUUGUGAUGGCCUUCUCCAAGAAAUGGCUGAACCUCUCCGGAAGCCGCUUCUACCAGCGCUGGCCGGUGAAUGUCACUGCCAUGAUCCACACCAAGGCCCAUAUCAUGUCCAUGGGGCUCCUGCAGAUUUGCAAAUCCAGGAGCUGUUACACCCUAGAGCAUGGGAAAGUCACCUUCAUUUUCUUCACCCUCAUGUUGUUUCCGAUUAACCUCUGGAUCUUUGAGUGGAAGAGGAAUUUAUCGAUUCCCAUUGGCUGGAGCUAUUUCAUUGGUUGGCUGGUGUUUCUCCUAUAUGUCACCUGUGCCAUCCUUUGCUACUUCAACCAAAAAAAUUUCUGGAGUCUGGUUCUGACGCAUCCCUUUGACACCGUGUCGUGCAGGAGCAGUUUCGGCUCCACCAGAGGCUCCCUGAGUGAGAACACAGAGAUCAUAGGCAGCCAGAUGGAACCCCCGAACUCUGAGAAAAAAGAAGACGUCCCUGUAACCAUUUCUGAGGGCUCCUAG